AUGUACCGCCAUCUCCGACGGUGGCUGGUGGACCACCCAACGAUCACCGGCUUCGAAUGGCGUCCCAAUGAGACCCCUGGCGCCUCCGUACCUUUCAUCGCCACCAUCGUCCUCUCGCACCUCUCCCUCACCCUCCUCCUCCAUCGCCGCCUCCUCCCCCUCCCCUCUCCCUCUCCCUCCGCCGUCGCCCUCCACCUCGCCUCCUCCGCUCACAACCUCCUCCUCCUCCUCCUCUCCACCGCCAUGGCCCCUCUCCACCCUCGCCCAAGCCCCCUUACCCCACUAGGUCUUCUGCUUCCCACCCUCCUCCUCCCCUGCACGCAACCACCCCCAUCCACCGCGGCCUGUAGAGAACCGCCUGCACCGCCUCCCCUCUCGGUCGCACCCUCCAUCCCCCAAGACCUGCAGAGAAUCCCCCACACCCCCCAAGGCUUGCGUUGCCUCCCCUCUUGGUCGCAACGUCCACGUGCCACCACCCCCAUCCACCGCGGCCUGCAGAGAACCCUCCGAGGUCUACGCCGCCUCCCCUCUCGGUCCGCCCUCCGUGCACCACCACUACCAAUUCUCGGCGGCCCAUGGAGAACCCUCUGGCAGCCCCUGCCACCACUCCUCUUGGUCACACCCUCUGCGCCACCACCCUCCUCCCCCCAUGGCCCGCGGAGAACCCCCACCCCACCACACCCUACCCCCCAGGGCAGUGCCGCCUCCCCUCUCAAUUGCACCCUCCGCACCCCUCCUCCCCACUCAAGGGCACUGCAGCUCCUCUGCACGCCCUCUCAGUGA